AUGAUUUCGCUAUCAAGAGCUCUACCCUUGGUGGCCUCGCGCGCUUUGGUUCGCCACAAGCACGGCAGAACUUCCCGUCUGACGACUUUCAACUACCUCAAGCGACUCCCGCAACCUAGCGACAAGUGCAUCGCAACGUACGUUUGGAUUGAUGGAACCGGCGAGAAUUUGAGGAACAAAGCCCGAACCCUGAACUUCAUUCCCAGUCGUCUUGACCAGCUCCCCGAAUGGAACUACGACGGAUCUUCGACCUAUCAAGCCCGCGGCGGGAACUCGGACACUUUCAUGCGACCUAUCGCCAUGUACGAAGACCCGUUCCUCCAGAAAGGUCAAAACAAACUCGUACUCUGCGACACUUACCUCCCGGAUGGAUCUCCCACUCCAAGCAACCGCAGGAAGAGCUGCGCCGAAGCCAUGGAAAAAGUUAGCGACCAAGAUCCAUGGUUCGGCAUCGAACAGGAAUAUACGUUCCUUGAUCUGCAUGGUCGGCCCUACGGAUGGCCGGAAGGGGGCUACCCCGCUCCUCAAGGUCCGUAUUACUGCGGUGUCGGAUAUGGGAGGGUCACCGGUCGAGACGUCGUGGACGUGCACUACCGCGCGUGUAUGUUCUCUGGAAUCAGCAUAUCUGGUACGAACGCCGAGGUGAUGCUCUCGCAGUGGGAGUAUCAAAUCACUUCGAAAGGAGUCUCCGCGCCCGAUGAGCUCUGGAUUUCUCGAUAUCUCCUCCAGCGAGUGGCAGAAGACUAUGGAAUCGUGGUUACGUUCGACCCGAAACCCAUGAGCGGAGACUGGAACGGAGCCGGAGGUCACGUCAAUUUCUCGACUGAAGCCAUGCGAGCCGAGGGUGGUAUGGCGGUCAUCAAGGACGCGAUCGAGAGGCUCUCGAAGAGACACAAGACGCACAUCACGAAUUACGAUCCCAAACUCGGUAAGGAUAACGAACGGCGUCUGACAGGAGCUCACGAGACUUCGUCGAUUCACGAGUUUUCGUCCGGUGUUGCUAACCGAGGAUGCUCCAUCCGGAUUCCGCGAGCCUGCGCAGACGCAGGCAAAGGAUAUUUUGAAGAUCGCCGACCAGCAUCCAACAUGGACCCAUACGUUGUCACGGACCUCCUUGUGCGCACCUGUCUUCUGAACGAAACGGACUAAGUGAAUCCUGGGAGCUUCGGAAUCGGGAGGGAGAGAAAACGACUGUGCUCUGGGGAAUGUAGGUUACCGGAGGGAUCGCCAACGAGAUGGGAUAGCGUAUAGAAAUAAUCAGACGGGCUCCGAAGUAGCACGAAGUAUGCUAAUCGCAGCAAGAU